ACAUUGAAAUAAUAAAUAAAUGAAAUAUAUGAUUAUAAUACGUAACAAACAAAUAAAAGAUAAAAAAAACAUAAAACAAAUAGAAAUUAAAUUUAAAUAAUAAUUGCCAUCAUCAUCAUUUAUGUAUUUGUGGCAGCAGCAUCAACACUAACAUCAAUAUGUUCAAUUCAAUUGAAUUUAAUACUCUUGAUCAAGAUGUACAAGAAUUAAUUCGUGAAAGUAAAAAUGCACGUGAAAUGUCAUAUUCACCAUAUAGUAAAUUUAAAGUUGGUGCUGCAUUACGUUGUCAAGAUGGUACAAUUGUACGUGGUUGUAAUAUUGAAAAUUCAUCAUAUCCAGUUGGUACAUGUGCUGAAAGAAGUGCUCUAUCAACAGCAAUUAUUGAGGGAAAAAAAAAAUUUAUAGCAUUAUCAGUUGUUGCUGAUUGUGUUGAUAAUAAAAUAACAUCACCAUGUGGUAUGUGUCGACAGGCAUUAUUUGAAUUUGGUGAUAUGCCUAUUUAUUUGACAACACCAAGUAUGGAAAAAGUAUUUAAAACAUCUGUCAAUGAACUUUUACCAUUGGCAUUUCAUUUUUAAUAUUAAAUCAAAUUUAUAUUACAUAUAUUAUAGAGACAUAUUAAAGCUGUUUUAUUAUUGGUACAUACAUAUACUUAUACAUAAUUGACUUGUAAAAAAAAUAAAAGUAGUACUGCAAAUAUGAUAAUUGAUUGGAAAAAAAAAAAAA